AUGUCUUCUAUCUCAGAUCUCUUUACCAACACAAUCAAUAUUACUCCUAACGCAAUUCUCAUUCUCACUACUAUCUUGACAGUUCUCUGGUACCUCUUCAAGCGCUCGCCACAACCGCCUCUACCACCUGGACCGCGAGGGUUACCUAUUGUCGGAAAUCUCCCGUUUCUUGACCCGGACCUUCACACAUACUUCACAACUAUCGCUGAGAAAUACGGUCCAAUCUUCAAACUCAAACUCGGCUCAAAACUAACCGUUGUUGUCAACUCUCCAUCGCUGGCUCGAGAGAUCUUGAAAGACCAAGACAUCAAUUUCUCAAACCGAGAUGUCCCUCUCACUGGCCGGGCCGCUACUUAUGGUGGUCUCGACAUCGUUUGGUUACCAUACGGUGCUGCAUGGAGAAUGCUUAGAAAAGUUUGCGUUCUCAAGCUUCUUAGCCGCAAAACGUUGGAUUCUUUCUACGAGCUUCGACGCAAAGAAGUCCGUGAAAGAACGAGAUUUUUAUAUGAUAAAAGUCAAGAGAAAUCGGCGGUGGAUGUCGGAGACCAAUUGUUCUUGACGAUGAUGAAUCUAACGAUGAAUAUGUUGUGGGGAGGAACGGUGAAAGCAGAGAAUAUGGAGAGUGUUGGAACAGAAUUUAAAGGAGUCAUUUCUGAGAUAGUUAGGCUUUUGAGUGAGCCUAAUGUAUCAGAUUUUUUUCCAUGGCUAGCUAGAUUCGAUCUUCAAGGGCUUGUGAAGCAGAUGCGUGUGUGUGCUCAUGAGCUCGAUGCCAUAUUCGAUGGAGCCAUCGAGCAGAUGCAAAAGCUAGGAUGUAAGGAUGAUGAUGUAUGCAAAGAUUUUUUGCAACAUUUGAUGAAGUUGAAGGACCAAGAAGUUAAUUCGGAGAUUCCCAUUACAGUUAACCAUGUCAAAGGCGUACUUGUGGUAAAUAACUGUUUCAGUGCCCUACUUUGGUACACGUGUCUAUAG